AUGCGUCUCCUCGAACCCGUGCCUCUCAUUCUCAUCACCCUUCUCUCCCUCCAUUCCAGCCAAGCAGAGGUCCAAUCUAGAGAUUUCUACACAUUGUCAAGUUCAGAAGUACGGACUUUGGCAGAGUCAGAUCCACCCCAAUGGCAAGAUGUAAAUGAAGGCCAUUUGGGCAAACUAUUGGUGCCUCGUCUGGCUCUCAGAAUAAGUGAGGUCAGCCUUCUUGGACCUACUGACUCCAGUGCUUUGGUCCAAGAGUACAUCUCCACAGUGUUCUCUCGCCUUGGCUGGCACGAGGAAAAGGAUUCCUUCACCGAUACCACUCCGAUUGGCCAGAUAGACUUCACCAACCUGAUCUACACGUUUGAUCCGUCGGCCCCGCGAAAGAUUGUCCUCGCAGCCCAUUUCGACAGUAAAUGGUUCCCAAACUAUCCAGACAAUCAGUUCGUCGGGGCGACAGACUCCGCGGCUCCUUGUGCUAUGCUUUUGGACCUCGCUGAAAAUCUCACACCCUUACUCAGGGCCCGACAACAGAGGAUAGAAGCUGGUCAGGGGAUCUUACGAGAUGGAUUGGACGAGGAAGAAGCGGCCGAGACGACGUUGCAGAUCCUCUUCUUUGAUGGUGAAGAGGCUUUUCAUGAUUGGACAACGACGGAUUCGAUCUACGGUGCGAGACAUUUGGCUCAACGAUGGGAGGAUACGAUUCUCGAACCGGAUCAUCCACUUGCCAAGCGGAGAUAUGCACCUUUGCCCAAUGUUUUAGAUACCAUCGACGUCCUCGUCCUUCUAGAUCUGCUCGGCAACUCCCGCUCUCGGAUCUCAUCCUACUAUCGCGAAACAGAUUGGCUCUUUGAUCAACUGUCCGAGGCGGAUAGACAUCUCCGUCAAGAGGGAUUGGUAGAGGUGGAAGCUGGAGAAGAGGGUUGGUUCUCAUCUCAAAGACAGAGGCGAGGAAUGAUAGGGGAUGACCAUGUACCUUUUGUCGAGCGAGGCGUCAGUAUCCUGCACGUCAUCUCUUUUCCGUUCCCAAACGUUUGGCACAGGAUAAGCGACGAUGCCUCGGCCUUGUCAUUACCUGCACUUAGGAGAUGGAAUCGAAUCUUGAGAGUUUUCACAGCUGGAUAUCUUGGAUUGUCUCCAACGCCCGGACAACGGAUAGCACGGCAUGGGGAUGAACUGGUAUGUUGCUCAGUGUAG